CAAUUACUCUCGGCUGCUAAGCAACGACCUUGUGCGUAGAAGAAAUAGGCAGGUUAAAUCUUACAAAUAUAAACAAAUGCAGAAGAGUAAUUAAUUUAGAGCAAUUUACAAUUUCUUUGUAACUAAAUCGACAUGAUUGGUUUCUUCAGUUGUCGUUCUUACCAUACCACUAAGACAAUCUUAUCUGCUACUGCGGCCAAAAGUUCUUUGCUAGGAAAGUUGAGAAAAUCUACUGGAUUUUCAAUAUCAAAUUGUAAGAAGGCAUUGGAACAAUUUCCUGAAGACUUGAAUAAAGCAGAAGAAUGGUUACAGAAGGAAGCGAAGAAGAUGGGUUGGUCAAAGUGGAACAAGAUUCAAAAUCGAGUGGCUGUCCAGGGACUCAUUGGUGUAUAUGCUGAACACAAUAUUGGUGCCAUGGUCGAAGUAAACUGUGAAACUGAUUUUGUUGCAAGAAAUAUAGAAUUUCAGAACUUAGUUGGGAAUGUUUUGCUUGGUUGCCUGGAUAAAAGUAAAGAAUAUGAAAUGCCUGAAAACAAAGAAUUUCAAAAAAAUUUAUUGGGCGAAAUCGAUUUGAUGAAUCUUAACUGUAAGUCUUUGAACAUGCAAGAACUUUUAAGUGCUGCCAUUAGUAAAUUUAAUGAAAAGACUGUUUUUAAAAGAGCUGUUAUUUUAAAAACAAAUGGAAAAUUGUCUGUUACUGGACUUAGCCACCCGAGUCAACAUUGUCCUAAUUUUCACCAAUGUCAAAUUGGAAAGUUUGGUGCUUUAGUAAUCCAUCGAUCAAAAGAUCAACAAGAAGACACCACGUUAGGCACAAAUAUGUGCCAACAUAUUAUUGGAAUGAAUCCUAUAUCUAUUGGAGCUGAAGAUUUGGCCGAAUUAGAAAGGAUGAAAAAUGUAGAUGAUGUUGAGGUAAAAGAUGCUGAGGAGGAAGAGGAGAUUGAGCUGAAAGACUCAGAUGAAACUAGACUUCUCUUUCAGCCAUAUCUAUUAGAUCCAAACUUAAACGUGUAUAAUUAUACUAAGGAACAAGCUGAUAUUUUGGAUUUUGUAAGAUUUGAAUGUGGUGGACAAUAAUAAAGUGUAAUAGAAUUUC